AUGGCAGAAGCUGAGUGGCAACACCAGCGCCGUGGAGAGCACGCUGCUGAGCAGUCUCUGCGCCCAAUGCACUUUCGCUCACUGCCUUUUCGCUCACUGCUGUUUCUCUCCAUCCACAUCUCUACCUCUCCACCCGUCUCUGCCAUCCCAUGGCAGAAGCUGCGUGGCAACACCAGCGCCGUGGAGAGCACGCUGCUGAGCAGAUCAGAGGACCAGGCGAUCUCGGGCGUGUUCAGUGGAUCUGUGAAGCUGUGGGACCUCAACGAGGGCAAAGCCAAGCUGUGGGACCUCAACGAGGGCAGUGCGCUACUGAGCAGAUCGGAGGACCAGGGUUUCUCGGGGGUGCUGAGUGGCUCUGUGAAGCUGUGGGACCUCAACGAGGGCAAAGGUGGAUCAGAGGACCAGGCGAUCCCGGGCGUGCUCAGUGGAUCUGUGAAGCUGUGGGACCUCAACGAGGGCAAAGCCGUGCGCACCCUGACGGGCCACAGGGGGUCGGCCCUCUCGCUGGACUUCCACCCCUUUGAACCGUUCUUCGCGUCGGGUUCCCAGGAUUCGACUGCCCGCGUGUGGGACCCCAGGCAGAAGGAGGCGGUGCAUACUCUGAAGAACCAUGGGAAGGGCGUGGCGUGUGUGCGGUUCAGCCCUGAUGGGCAGUGGCUGAUGACUGGCGGGCAGGACUCGGUGAUCAAGGUGAGGUGGGGCAGGGGAAAGGAGGGGGGGAAGAUAGGGAUAGAAGGGCGAAGGCAGAGGUACGCAGUGCAUACUCUGAAGAACCGCGGCAGGGGCGUGGCGUGUGUGCGGUUUAGUCCGGAUGGGCAGUGGCUGAUGACUGGCGGGCAGGACUCGGUGAUCAAGCUAUGGGUCGUGCAGGCGGGCAAGGUGCUGCACGAGUUCAAGCACCACCAUGGCGCCAUCACCUGCCCCUGCCUCACCUUUCACUCUUUGCUGCUUUCCUUGUGCUUGCAUCCCUACCCCCACCUCUCUCCUGCAGCUGUGGGACGUGCAGGCGGGCAAGGUGCUGCACGACUGUGGGACGUGCAGGCAGGCAAGGUGCUGCACGAGUUCAAGCACCACCACGACGCCGUCACCUGCCUCACCUUCCACCCACACGAGCUGCUGCUUGCUAGCUUGUGUGCUCUGUACUGCCCGUCCAAGCACCGCCACGAUGCCGUCACCUGCCUCACUCUCCACCCACACGAGCUGCUGCUCGCCUCAUGUCAGUGCUGCCCUCUCCCCUUGUGGCUUCUGAGAGUGUGUGCUCUGUACUGCCCGUCCAAGCACCGCCACGAUGCCGUCACCUGCCUCACUCUCCACCCACACGAGCUGCUGCUCGCCUCAUGUCAGUGCUGCCCUCUCCCCUUGUGCCUUCUGAGAGUGUGUGCUCUGUACUGCCCGUCCAAGCACCGCCACGAUGCCGUCACCUGCCUCACUCUCCACCCGCACGAGCUGCUGCUCGCCUCAUGUCAGUGCUGCCCUCUCCCCUUGUGCCUUCUGAGAGUGUGUGCUCUGUUCUGCCCGUCCAAGCACCGCCACGAUGCCGUCACCUGCCUCACUCUCCACCCGCACGAGCUGCUGCUCGCUUCCUGUCAGUUCCGCCCGUCCCUGCUUCCCCUCGCCUACAUGCCUGCCGUGAGUGCCUGCUCCAGUGACCGCACGUGCAAGUUCUGGGACCUGGAGACGUUCGAGCUGGUGGGGUCUACGGGCACAGAGGUAUGCUCCAGUGACCGCACGUGCAAGUUCUGGGACCUGGAGACGUUCGAGCUGGUUGGGUCUACGGGCACAGAGGCCAAUGGCAUGCGAUCGCUAGCCUUCACUCCUGAUGGCCAAGCGCUGCUAGCGCCCUCUGCUGACUCGCUCAAGGCCAGUGGCAUGCGCUCACUAGCCUUCACUCCUGAUGGCCAAGCGCUGCUAGCUCCCUCCGCUGAUUCCCUCAAGGUGAGACGUCCGCAGGCCGGCCGCGUUGAGAUGCUCUCUGCUGCUUGCUCGCUCUGCCGACUCGCUCAAGGUGUGGGUGUGGUGUGGGAGCCUGUGCGCUGCUUCGACACGGUCAGCGUGUGGGGGUGGGAGCUUGUGCGCUGCUUCGACACGGUCAGUGUGGGAUGGUCCAAGGUGGCUACAGACACGCCUCAUUCCCACCCCAUCCUCUUCACCUCUUUUGACCUCUCUUCACCUCUCUCCACCACUUCACCUCCCAUCCGCAGGUGUGGGGAUGGGAGCCCGUGCGCUGCUUCGACACGGUCAGCGCGGAGUGGUCCAAGAUCGUUAGGGACGCGCCUCAUUUCCACCCCAUCCUCUUCACCUCCCUUCACCUCUCUCCACCACGUCACACUCUCUUCAUCUCUCUCUACCUAUUCACCUCUCUCUGCAGGUGUGGGUGAGGGAGCUUGUGCGCUGCUUCGACACUGUCAGUGUGGGAUGGUGGACGGUGCGAGAAACACCACUCUUUCCCUCCCCAUCCUCCCCACCUCUCUUCACCUCACUCCACCACUUCACGUUCUCUCAUCCUCCCAUCCCUUGCAGGUGUGGGGGUGGGAGCCCGUGCGCUGCUUCGACACGGUCAGCGUGGGAUGGUCCAAGGUAGCUGACGUCAGCAUUCACGACGGCAGGCUGUAUGGCGCCUCGUUCUCGCACACCUGCGUCAGCCUGUGGCACGUCGACCUCAUGCAAGUGGCGCCGUUUGGAUCUAGCGCGUCAGAGAGCACGGAGGAGGAGAGGAGCCUGUCAGGCACCACGAUGGGCCUGCCCCUCCCUGCCUCUCCCACCACCUCCACCGUCUCCUCUACCGUCUCCUCGGUGUCAACGCCUGUGCACUCCCGUGCUCCUUGUUUCCAAGGUGGGUGCCUAAGUGUGGGUUUGUACCUUUUUUUACCUCUCCCCGCCUCGCCCACCACCUCUCUCAUCUCCUCCACCGUGUCUUCUGUGUCCACGCCUGUGCACUCUGCUGCUACCGCCCGUGCUCCGUGCCUCCAAGGUGGGUCGAUUUUUGAGUCGACUCAAAAAUCUGCUGCUACCGCCCGUGCUCCGUGCGUCCAAGGUGGGUCGAUUUUUGAGUCGACUCAAAAAUCUGCUGCUACCGCCCGUGCUCCGAUCGGAGCGGCAGGAGGAGGAGGAGGAAUGGGAAGGGGAGGGGGAGUGGGAGGAGGAGGGGCAGGAGGGGCGGCUGGGGGGGGAGGCGCGGGAGGGGCAGCAGGGGGUAGUUUCAAAGAAGUGGGGGCAAGGGGAGGGCGGAGAGCAUCUGUAUCGGGCGAUUAUGCAAUCUCCAAGGGGGAAGAUUCCUCUUCCUCUGCCAGGAGAGGGGAGGGGGCCUUUGGCAAGGGCACCAGAGAGGAGGCGCAGGGAGUCCGUUCGCAAAACCCUUUUGAGACGUCUCAUAAGAUUCCUAGAGAAAACCCCUCUGGGUCUCAUAAGAUUCAAGCGUUUCUGGACGCUGGAGGGGUGGUUGUUGAUACGACUGCACGCCCUGCACGGCAUCGGGUGGGGGAGGAUGAUGGUGAUGGGAGGUUGAAUGGGUCAGACGUGGGUGGUGGCCACCAGUCCCGUAAGAUUCAGGAGUUUCUGGAGGCUGGAGGGGUGACUGGGGCUGUGAUUGCACACUCUGCACGGCGUGGGGUGGGGGAUGAUGGUGAUGGGAGGUUGAAUGGGAGGUUGAAUGGGUCAGACGUGGGUGGUGGUCACCAGUCCCAUAAAAUUCAGGAGUUUCUAGAUGCUGGAGGGGUGACUGCUGCUUCUGCUGCUGCUGGUGGUGGUGCUGCUGCUGCUACUGGUGCUGCUGCUGCUGCUGCUGUUGCUACAGACAGAAGUAACAAGGGCAAUCACGCAUGCGCAGGGGCAGACUCCUCUGCCUCGACUGCUCCAGGAGUAGAUACAUCAGCCAAAGCAGCAGCUGGGGUGGAUUCAGAUGCCACUGUCACACCCACUGCUGCAGCCUCUGUGCCUACUCAGGUUCAACCAGCUGGUGUGUCUCGUGGUACUACACAAGCAGGCGCAUCUGCUUCAAGCACAGGCACAGGUGUACCUGCUUCAGGCGCACCCCCAGGCGUAUCUGGUGCAGGUGGUAUUCUGGGAGGGAUGUCUGGCUUCGGGGUGACGUUUGACUGGAGCAGAGCGGUGGCGACUGCAGGAGGGGGCGCGGGCAGCAGGGCGGCAACAGUGGUAGAGGCGAUGAAUAAAGUGUCUGACUGGAUCGGGUCGUUCUCUGGCCUGGAGGAUAGCUUGGGAGGGGGAGGAGGGGGCAGGAGGGCGGUGGGGUAUGGCGGAGAGAGAGGGGAGGCGGGAGGGGAGGGGAAUGGGGUUGGGAAUGAGGAGGGGAGAGGAGAGGAGCGGAGGGGGGGGAGUGAGGGGAGUGGGGAGGGGAGAGGAGCAGGGGUGCAGAGAGUUGGGUCUGGGCAGAUUAGCGGGUGGAGUGAGGACGAGGAGGGAGAGGGUGAGGGUAACGGUGGGGAGAGGAAGAGCGAUGGUGCUGCUGCGAGUGAUGGUGGUGUUGCUAGUGGUGGGGCGGCUGUUAGGCGUGCGACUGUGGGGGGUAAAGCAUCGGUGCCAAGUCUUCGAGCCCCGUAUGCUUUGGAUGGAGAGGGGGAAAGGAAGGAGGAAAAGAAACGAGAGGAGGGUGGAGAGAAAGCAGAUAUGCACAGGUCUGGGCAGGGGGAGGAGGAGCAUUCAACAACCCUAGAAUGGAGUCGGAGUGAGGAUGACAAGUACAAGAUCCGGCCGUCUAUUCUGCACCCGCCUUACGCUGUAGAGGUGGAGGAAGGAGGGGUGGAGGGCACUGCUGGUGGGGAUCGGAGAGGUGGCAGUGACAGUAUGAGAAGGCAUGGGUCUGCCGGGGAGAGGGUGCGGGAGUGUGAGGAUAGGGGCAUUGGCUUGGUGGCGUCUGCAUCUGCUUCUGCGUCGUUACCGGCAGGAGGAGUUGUAAGAGAGGAUGCUUGUAGAGUGUAUGGCGGUGCACGUGGCGGUGCAUGUGAGUCAGCAGUGCUGGCUUCUUCGUCCUUGGCAUAUUCUCCCUCCGCCUCCUCUCCUAUUUCCUCCUCCGCGUUGUCUUGUAGGGCAGAGGUAGGGGCAGACAGACGCGUGGGAGCAGGGGAAGGAGUGGGAGGAGAGAGAGUGGGAGGGGAUGCAGGAGGGGGAGGAGGGGCGGGGGAUUUGAUACCAGCCGGAACUGGGCCAUCUUUACCAUCCCAGCAGCAGAAACGGCAAGAGGAGGAGGGGGGAGACGAAGAGGAUGACGAGAUGGUGGUGAUGGAGAAUCCCUCACUACCAUUGAAGCAGCAGAAACGCCAAGAGGAGGAGGAGGGGGAGGAGGACGAUGAGAUGGUGGUGAUGGAGAGUGUGAACGGGCGGCACACUGCCAUGCAGCACAUGCUGCAGGGGCGGCUGUCUGCAGUGCGCCACGUGGCAGCGCUGUGGGUGGAUGGAGAACUGCUGCCUGCCCUCUCCGCCCUGGCAGCCUCGAAAGACCUUGCAGUGGUGGCAGACGUGUUGGAGGUGCUGGUCAUGCAGGGAGGCAGGCGGCUGGUAUCGGUGGUGGCAGACGUGUUGGAGGUGCUGGUUAUGCAGGGAGACAGGCGGCUGGUAUCGGUGGUGGCAGACGUGUUGGAGGUGCUGGCCAUGCAGGGAGGCAGGCGGCUGGUAUCGGUGGGCAUGGAGGGAGCAUUGCAGCUGCAGCCGCUGCUGAGGGCUCUGCUCGCCAGCAGCCACUCCAAGUACGUGGGAGUGGCGCUGUCGCUGCUGCGCGAGCUCCUGAGGGCGUUCAGCGAGCCCAUCACUGCUGCUCGCACCGCCACGCAUUCUCCUGGCGUAGACCUGCACAUGGAGGAGAGGUUGCAGCGUUGCAAUGAUUGCUACGAGGGCUUCAGAGUGCUCGAAGACCAGCUCCACCCCAUCCUCAGGAGAAGGAGCAACGAGAACUAUGCCCUUGCUUCAGAUGUUCACAUGCUGUUACAGAAGAUGCAAUGA